AUGAAGCUCACAUUCAAGGAUCUCAAACAGCAGAAAUUCGUAAUUGAUGCAGAGCCCUCGGAGACGGUCGGACAAGUAAAGGAAAAAAUCUCCAAGGAAAAAGGAUGGGAGGUACCUCAGCUCAAGCUCAUCUACUCCGGGAAAAUUCUCCAAGAUGACAAGACCAUCGAGACAUACAACAUUGAGGAGAAGGGCUUCAUAGUAUGCAUGGUAUCGAAGCCCAAGGCUCCCUCGUCUGCCGCUACACCUUCACAGGCACCUUCGACACCUUCGAGAGCUGCUGCCUCCACGCCUGCUGCCCCGUCUGCUCCUGCCCCGUCUGCUCUAGCCCCUUCUGCUGCCUCUUCUGCUCCGGCUGUACCUGCGACCCCCUCACCCGUCGCUCCGGCUCAGGCACCUGCCGAUGCAUCUGCUGCGUUCAAUGACCCAUCCGCAUUGCUGAGUGGCUCCCAGAGUGAGGCUGUCAUCAGUCAAAUGGAGAGCAUGGGCUUCCCCAGAAGCGAUAUCAACCGUGCCAUGAGAGCGGCUUUCUUCAACCCUGAUCGUGCUAUUGAGUAUCUAUUGAAUGGAAUCCCGGACAACAUCCAACAGGAGCAGCCGCAACAGGCUGCCGCAGCCGCCGCACCGCCUGCCCCGUCCGCUCCUUCCGGAGAGAGUGCUCCCUCGUCGACUGGUGGUGAUGAGCCAGUGAAUUUGUUUGAAGCCGCUGCUCAGGCCGGCACUGGAGAGGGCACUGGUCGUGGAGCUCGUGCGGGUGCUGCCGGAGCUGGGGAAGGACUGCCCAAUCUCGACUUUUUGCGGAAUAACCCUCACUUUCAGCAGCUCCGCCAGUUGGUCCAGCAACAGCCACAGAUGCUGGAACCCAUCCUUCAGCAAGUCGCAGCUGGUAACCCUCAGAUUGCACAGCUCAUCGGUCAGAAUGAGGAGCAGUUUCUCCAGCUCUUGAGUGAAGAGGAUGAUGGCGCGCUGCCUCCAGGUACCCACGCAAUCAGCGUUACAGAGGAGGAGAGAGACGCCAUUGAACGCCUCUGCCGACUUGGUUUCUCUCGCGACCUGGUCAUCCAGGCCUACUUUGCCUGUGACAAGAACGAAGAGCUCGCAGCCAAUUAUCUCUUUGAGAACCCUGAUGAUCCUGACGACAUGUGA